AUGGGCUCAACCAACAUUUUCGUAAGACGUCCAGAGCCAGCAAUCCAGACCAUUGACAAACGCGGUGACCUCUGGCUCUUGGUUGGAGAGGACAUCAGCAGUGAUGAGCACCCGGCCGCCAAUUUCCAAGUUUGCUCCCGGACUUUGGCGCGAUGCUCGCCAGUUUUCGACAGGAUGCUUUUUGGAGGCUUCGUCGAAUCCAAGAAAACGGGUUCCAUGGCUGGACAGGAUGCUUGGACGAUUGAUUUGCCUGAGGACGAGCCUACAUAUGUGAAGCACCUUCUCGACCUUAUCCACGGCAAUCUGAACACCUUAGGUCCCCAGAACCAAAGCGAUGAGGAGCGCAUCAGGUUUCUCUACGGCGUUGUCUGGGUUGCAGACAAGUACGCCGCGCUUCCUGCGAUCCGCAGUUAUGUGGCAUAUGAGGCCAUCUUGACAAUCUUGCUCAAGAAGGUCUCCAAGACGAAUGAUGAUGGUCAUUCCCAGUUCAUCCUGCACGAGAUUCUGCCCAUUCACUUGCAAGACACCAUCGGCGAAGCACAUGAGCAGGCACUAGAGGAACUUCUCCGCCCGACCAAGACAGCCCUAGGGAUGUUGUCAGCCCGCAUUCAGCAGGGUGUCACUGCAUCAAACGCCCAGCCUCGAAACAAGACCAAAUCAAAGAAAGCGGGGUACGCUGCAAGGCAAAAUCCCGAGCUCGUGGAGCUGCUGCGAGAGGAGGACUUGUGGCCUCUUCCCGAGGCGACUACCACGACUCUCAGCCCUGAGGACCUCGCCCUUCGCCUUCACAACAUUGCGAAGAAGCUUGAUGGUAUACUGAACCGGGCAGAACUGCCGAGCCGUGCGAAGUCCCAGUGGUUUGACGCCUUUUUCUUCUCGUAUCAUCACCUGUCCAAGUACGUUUACAAAGCCACACCCCAAGAGAUCAACUUCAUGAAUACACAGCGGAAUCGUCUGGGCAUGAGCGGCAGUGGGAGUGGAUCGUGGAAGAAAUGGGCAUAUCCGGCUUGA